UUUGACAGUCCCCGUCCUUCCGAUUUGACACUUCCGACAGUUCCAAACUGCCUUUUCAUUCCUUGUUUAGAAAGAUGGCAGACAAUAAACUCUACGAUAUAUUAGGAGUUAGUAGAAAUGCAUCUGAUAAUGAAAUUAAAAAGCAAUAUAGGAAACUAGCGAAGGAAUUCCAUCCGGACAAGAAUCCGGAAGCGGGUGACAAGUUCAAGGAGAUCAGCUAUGCCUACGAAGUUCUGUCAGACCCAAAGAAGAGGUCAACCUAUGACAAAGUGGGGCUCAAAGGCAUGCAAGAGGGAGCACACCAAGGCUUCGACGAUCCCCUGUCUCAUCUGUUCGGUGGCGGAUUGUUUGGUGGAUUUGGUGGGUUUGGGGGUGGAAGCAUGCACAGGAGACAACGUGGAGAGGACACUAUUCAUCCACUGAAGGUUACCUUGGAGGAUAUGUACAAUGGGAAGACUUCCAAGCUACAGCUUAGCAAGAAUGUAAUUUGCACUAGUUGUAGUGGAACGGGUAACAAAACUGGGGAGCCUCCGGAGAAGUGUCAUUCCUGCAAUGGAUGUGGAAUGAAAGUGACUUACCGAAGUUUAGGGCCUGGUAUGGCACAGCAGGUCCAAUCAUGUUGUCCAGACUGCCGCGGCGAAGGCGAAGUGAUCAAAGAAAAAGACCGUUGCACCACCUGCCACGGCCAGAAAGUCUGCAACGAAACCAAGAUUCUGGAGGUGCACGUCGACAAAGGCAUGCGCGAGAACCAAAAGAUAUUCUUCAGGGGCGAGGGCGAUCAGCAACCCAACGUAGAGCACGGCGACGUGGUCAUUAUCCUUCAACAAAAACCUCACGAACGGUUUGAAAGAAAAGGCAACGACCUCUACAUGAAACACACCAUCUCCCUCACCGAGGCAUUGUGUGGAUUCACCUUCCUAGUUCAUCACCUGGAUAAACGCGACUUACUUAUCAGACAUCCGGCUGGAAACGUUAUUAAACCCGGUGACGUCAAGACAGUGUCCCAAGAAGGUAUGCCGGUUUACAAGAACCCCUUUGAAAGAGGUAACUUGUACAUCACCUUCGAUAUCAAGUUCCCAGAGGAUCAUUUUGCUCCCGAAGACACUUUGAAGCAGCUAGAAUCGAUUUUACCGCCUAGGUUGGCGUUUUCCAUGCCGGAGGGUGAACAUGUUGAGGAAGUGGACUUGGUGGACUUUGAUCCGAAUGAAAGGAGUUCUAAUUCUGGUAGUAGGGGCGAGGCUUAUGCUAGUGACGACGAGGAACACCACAGACCCGGGAUGCAGUGCGUACACCAAUAAACUGAUUAGGAUUUUAUUAAUAUAAUUUCUUUUUUUGUAUUUGUUGUCUAGCGCUUCUUUCUAAAUAAGGAAAUUUUUAACAGAUAUGAACUUACUUAAGAUAUCUGGAACACUAUUUAUAUAUAAAAAAACAGAAGAAAAAUAACGUAAUAAUGGGGAUACAGUGGAUAACAAUGGUUUAAGAUAAACGUUUUUUGAGCUAGGGUUGGUAGCUUUCAAAAAUAUUUUUUUUUGUAAUUUUAAUUCAAACUUUAAGCUAAUACUUUAAGGAAAACUAAAUGUAUUUUCUGAAAAAUUAAGUUCCAGAAUGAAAGUUUAGAAUUAGACAUGACUGGUGUGUGAUUAUUUUUUGACAUUCCUGCUUAUUACCAAUUUCAGGGUCUCAGAUUGACUUAUCUGUCAAUUUAGUACUGUAAUCCAGUGUUGCCAGAAGUUUUCAAACGAAUUUCUUCAACAGAGCCUUAAAAAACCUUCAUAUUCCUAAACUUCACAAAAAAAAUCCAUUUAUUAUGAAAAAUCACGAAAUUUCGUGGAUUUUACCUAUUUUAUAAUUAAGAAAAAAAAAUUAAAAACUUAUUUCUGGUAAUUUUUGAACAUUGCUUUAAACUGAGGCAUUCUUAAUUAAAUACCGUUAAAGUAAAAAUAUGUAUAUGUAGGAAAAACAAUAUAUACCCCUACUACAUAGUUUAACAAUUUUUUUUUGCAAAACUGCCAGAAAUCCUUAUAUUGUCUUCUUUUUGGAUUAAAAUCCAAAUUGAUCGACGAAGUUUGGCUAUAAAAUCCUUCAUAUUGAAGAAAGUUCCCCAAUUCUGGCAACACUGCUCUAACCUAUAAUGAUAUUGUUAUGAAAUAUGUUCAGAACUAUUUUUUUUCACUCUGAACUAUUAUCAAUACAUUAUUUUAAAAAUAUAAACAAAUCUACAGGUUUGAUCAUAUUUUUCAUUUAAUUAGAGCAUGAUUAAAACUGUAUGGUGUUCUUUCAAGCCAGUAAAAAUUAUUACUUCAAAUAUAUUUGUCAGGAAAUGCAUAUAGUUUUCUUUAUAACUGAUAGUUUGAGUUUUUUUUAAGACAAAAUCUUACCUUCAUAAGAAGAUAUAAUACACUUCACUUUGGAAGCUACUGACGUAUAAAAACACUAGAAAUUUUCAGUGUACAAUAUAUUUAACCGAUUUGAAUAGUGUUUUGAUUUGUUUCUUUAGAUUUUCGUAUGAUUUAAUUCCGCAAAUGUAAUGUUUAACACUAAUACGAACAUAUGUUGUAAGUAUUCUUUUUUUAGCGUCAUUGUUAAUUUAUACCAUUCAUAUUUAUUUCUGUUCUGUAAAAGCAACCGCGGUAUAUCGUAAUAAAAGUUCUGUCAAGUGUUUUUUCAGACUAGAUGCAUUAAUAUCUAUUUAAAUAAAGUGAAAAUUUAA